GGCCAAACCCGCCCUCGCGUAUAAGCCCCUUCUCGGCUCUCUCUCUCUCCAUCUCUCUCCUCUCUUUCUCUCUCGCUCCCUUCCUCCCUGUAACUGAACAGUGAAAAUUCACUGGAUCCGCUAACAGGCACAGAUGUCAUGUGAAAACGCACAUGCUCUGCCAUCCACACCGCCUUUCUUCCUUUUCUGUUUCCUUUCCCCCCCCCCCACCCCUUGCUCCUUCUCCUUCUUCUUUGUAACUAACAAAACCACCACCAACUCCUCCUCCUGCUGCUGCUUCUGCCCUUCCUCCUCCUCCUCAGUCCAAGUGAUCACAAAAGAAAUCUUCUAAGCCGGAGGCGGUGGCAUUUUUAAAAAGCAAGCACAUUAGAGAGAAAGAAAAAAGAAAAACAAAAGCAAAACAAAACCCGGGCACCAGCCAGACAGCACCUUUUUUUUUUUUUUUUUUUCCCACCCUUCCUGAAAACAAACAACCAAACAACCAUCAAAACAGUCAUCACCACCAUCAUCAAAACUGUUAACAUAGCGGCGGCGGCGGCGGCGGCGGCAAACGUCACCCUCCGGCCACGGCGUCCGCCUAAAGGGAUGGUUUUCUCGGCGGAGCAGCUCUUUGCCGACCACCUUCUUCACUCGUGCUGAGCAGGAUUUUUGGGCUCUCCGGGGUUCGGGCUGGGAGCAGCUUCAUGACUACGCGGAGCGGGAGAGCGGCCACACCAUGCGAGCACAAAUUGAAGUGAUACCAUGCAAAAUUUGUGGCGAUAAGUCCUCCGGGAUCCACUACGGAGUCAUCACGUGUGAAGGCUGCAAGGGAUUCUUUAGGAGGAGCCAGCAAAACAAUGCCUCUUACUCCUGCCCAAGGCAGAGAAACUGUUUAAUUGAUAGAACCAACAGAAACCGUUGCCAACACUGCCGACUGCAGAAGUGUCUUGCCCUAGGAAUGUCAAGAGAUGCUGUGAAGUUCGGGAGGAUGUCCAAGAAGCAGAGGGACAGCCUGUAUGCUGAGGUGCAGAAGCACCAGCAGCGGCUGCAGGAGCAGCGGCAGCAGCAGAGCGGGGAGGCCGAGGCGCUGGCCAGGGUGUACGGCGGCGGCAUCAGCAACGGCCUCGGCGGCCUCCACGGCGAGGCCGGAGGCACCUAUGCCAACGGACACGUCAUCGACCUGCCCAAGUCCGAGGGUUAUUACAACGUGGAUUCCGGCCAACCGUCCCCUGAUCAGUCAGGACUUGACAUGACUGGAAUCAAACAGAUAAAGCAAGAACCUAUCUAUGACCUCACAUCCGUCCCCAACUUGUUUACCUAUAGCUCUUUCAACAACGGGCAGCUAGCGCCCGGGAUAACGAUGGGUGAGAUCGAUCGAAUUGCACAGAACAUCAUUAAGUCCCAUCUGGAGACAUGUCAGUACACCAUGGAGGAGCUACACCAGCUGGCAUGGCAGACACACACCUAUGAAGAAAUUAAAGCGUAUCAAAGCAAGUCCAGGGAAGCACUAUGGCAGCAAUGUGCCAUCCAGAUCACUCACGCCAUCCAGUAUGUGGUCGAGUUCGCAAAGCGGAUAACGGGCUUCAUGGAGCUCUGUCAGAAUGAUCAAAUUCUGCUUCUGAAGUCAGGUUGCUUGGAAGUGGUUUUAGUGAGAAUGUGCCGUGCCUUCAACCCAUUAAACAACACUGUUCUGUUUGAAGGAAAAUAUGGAGGAAUGCAGAUGUUCAAGGCCUUAGGUUCCGAUGACCUAGUGAAUGAAGCAUUUGACUUUGCAAAGAAUUUGUGUUCCUUGCAGCUGACUGAGGAGGAGAUUGCUUUGUUCUCAUCUGCUGUUCUGAUAUCUCCAGACCGAGCCUGGCUGAUAGAACCAAGGAAGGUCCAGAAGCUUCAGGAAAAAAUCUAUUUUGCACUUCAACAUGUGAUUCAGAAGAAUCACCUGGAUGAUGAGACCUUGGCAAAGUUAAUAGCCAAGAUCCCCACCAUCACGGCGGUCUGCAACUUGCAUGGGGAGAAGCUGCAGGUAUUCAAACAAUCACAUCCAGACAUAGUGAAUACACUCUUUCCUCCAUUAUACAAGGAACUCUUUAAUCCCGACUGUGCCACCGUCUGCAAAUGAAGGCGACCAGAGGACUGUCUCCUAGUCGGGAAAGGCAUCACCGUUAAGACAAAAGCAAUGUGUUCAUGAAGACUUAAGAAAAAAAAAAUGUCUACUGCAACAUUAGGAAUGUCCUGCACUUAAUAGAAUUAUUUUUCACCGCUACAGUUUGAAGAAUGUAAAUAUGCACCUGAGUGGGGCUCUUUUAUUUGUUUGUUUGUUUUUGAAAUGACCAUAAAUAUACAAAUAGAGGACACUGGGUGUUAUCUUUUUUUUUAAUUUUAUUUUAUUCGGGUAUGUUUUGGGAGACAACUGUUUAUAGAAUUUUAUUGUAGAUAUAUACGAGAACAGAGCGGUACUUUACAUGAUUACUUUCUCCUGUUAAUUGUUCAAAUAUAAUUUAAGAAAAUCCCACUUGAUAGGCUUACCUAUUUCUAUGUUUUUAGAUAGUUGAUGCAUGUGUAAAUUUGUAGCUGUCUUGGAAAGCACUGUGCAUGUAUGUAAUAAGUAUAUAAUAUCUGAGAAUAUUAUAUAUGACUAUUACGUAUACCUGCACAUGCACUGUGGCUUAAAAUACCAUACCCACUAGCGAAGGAGGUUCAGUCAGGCUCUCUUAUAUUAUUUCCCUUCUGUGUUAUAUGUUACCUUUACGUUAGACAAUCAGGAUUUUGUGUUCCCAGCCAGACUUUACAACUAUCGUGUACAGCAGGAUGGUACCAAUUCAGAGAUAAGUCUAUAAAGGAGUAUAUAUAAUGCACGGCCUCUGUAUAAGAACUCUAUCUCUAUCAGUGACAACAAAGCCUUGUCAGGAUGGUAAAUAUUGGGGGGUGGGGGCGGGGAAGGAUUUGGAGCCAUUUUCCUGUUUUAAGAAUUAGGCCACAGAUAAUAUUUGAAGUCCAGGACUUUUUUUUUUUUUUUAACCAGCAAUCACUGUUUCCUAUUUUUCACCUAGACAGGCAAAAUACUUUUUUUUUUUUUUUUUGGCUUUCAGGCUGGGAAAGAAACUGAUUUUGGUGCUCCGCAGAGAAAUACAGACUAUAGGUCUGACCACCAGCAAUUUUUUCUAAUAAAAUUAGAGUCACAGAGGAACUCAGAACCCAGGGUCCGGAUGCCAUUUCAUGUAAAUGUGUUCUCUCUAACCUGUUUUGGUUUGGUUUGGGUUGUGGAGGGGCUUCUUGGUUUGUUGUUGUUGUUUGUUGUUGUUGUUGUUGCUGUUAGGGUUUUAUUUUGUUUUUGGCAAAGGAGAGGUAGAAAGAACACAUACAAAGUAAAGAAGUUGUUCUUUAUAUGCAUUCUCUUUGCUAAGUUUGUUAGAAAAAGCAGCAAUAAAGGGGGAGGCAGGAUUUUAUAUGUCCUUCUAAUGUGGGGCCUCUAAUUUCUCUCAACUCCAAAAUGCUGUACUGUAAACACAGAACUCCACAGAUAACAAAAACACAUCUGAGUUAUUCUGUAGAACUAAUACACCUCAAAGCCAAAACUAUUUCCUAUGCAGUUUAAAACUGCAUCUGCAUCAUCCGUCUAGCCUGGGCUUUUUUUUUUUUUUUUUUUUUUUUUUUUUAAGCAACUUGUACAAAGUACAGAAUGCAGGAGGCAAGGUGAGGCUUACUGAAUUCUGACUUCCUAGGACAAGUCUCCUCUCUCCCCCUGCUCUCCAAGCAAACAGAGUACUGGGAAAGCAUAAACCCCAAGCAGCCUGUUCUGCCUACAGUCUGGAGGCCCUAUGCCUUUGAUCUUAGCUGAUCCCAGACGAGAGCUUUUAAAAAGGAAGCUAGAGCUGAGUUUUGUGCAAAAGACAGUGGAAUUCACCAUCUCCUGUAGGCACAGCCCAGCCACCAGCUCACGAGGUGCUGCCCUUUCCUCCUUAGCAAACACACACACACACAGACACACACGCAGGUGUGCACACCUGCUUCGUGAAGUUUCCAUCAGGGGAAAUUUUGAUUUCCCUUUCAUCUUUGAUGCUCUCCUGAAGUUACAUGGUCUUGAGAGCCAUCUCUGAGAGGCCACAGAACCCCUCCUUGAUGAUCAGUCGUUAGUGAUAGUCUUUUUUUCUAGAAAGCAGGGCCUUUGCCCACCUCAUGAUUGAUGAAUUCCAAGCCAGUGGGGAAAAACAAAAAGGCUUUAAAAUAAUGACUCUCCUUCUCAACUACUGUUAUAUUCAAUUAAUUUAACUACAUUGAACCAAAUUACCUUUGGUGUCUAAGAAGACAGCUGCAGACUGCAUAUUAUGCUGCUGCAGGGACUUGGUUGUUUCUGGUGUAAAUGUCACUCCUGCUAGCUCUUUGUAUAAAGAAUUAAUUCCAAGAGUCAUAUUUCCUUCUAAUGGAAAGAUUACUUUACUGAUUGCUAGGAAAACAGGGUAAUGGAAGGCGCUCAAUUAAACCAAGCCGUUUCCAAAUGCAAUGUAUGUUUUAUGAUUGGCUUGUGAUAGGCAAUGCUUAAUGUGUCUACUUGGGGUUUCCCUUUGAGCUUUGAACUUAUGUCAAACUUUGUUUUCAUUGUUCCGUUGGCCUAGUGUUUUCCAUUGUCGGCCUGUAAUUCCUGCUCCGUUGCAAAGGGAAUCAUUCGUUUCCUCCAAUUUACCUUAGAGGAUUUAAAUUGGCUCAAUUGAUGAAGUGGCUGAGAAUUUUUUCCUCCCUUGUCCCAUGGGUGAUGUAGGAAAAGGAUUGUUCCCCGCAUUUGCCUCAAGAGGUACUGGAUUUGAAUUUGUUUGUCGUUUCCACUAGUGCAAGCAUUUCACUGGGACGGCGUGAACCUUUUGAAGCGAGGGGACAGGAAACAGCUAGCGAUUGAACCAGAACAAAACAGUGGAAAACCAGUACAUGCUCAGCCCGCUUCAGUUGAGAAGAGAGAUUUCCAUUUUGCGCCCCAGUUGCCAAAUCUGUCCCUGAAAAGAGAACCAGGUCAUAUUUUCAGUGGUAACAAAUGCCUUUAAAAGCUGCCUUUUGAACAUCUUCUGUGACUACAUCCCAAGGUAUUUUGAAAUUUGGUUGAGAACAACUUUCUUUACCACACACAAUCUUUGUCCCUUCCCUACGAAGACUCACAAGUAUCCACAACACCUUCAGGCACUGGAUGAAAGAACCCAUGAUCUGUACUCUUCACUUCAUGCUUCGUAAAUGACAAUCACUGCUUGAUGCAGAUGUUGCACUGUAGCCACUCAGGGAUGUUUCAUUUAAAAAAAAAAAAAAAAAAGUACAUCAAGAAGGAGGGAAAAUAAAACAGGAAAAUGACAACAAAAUGUAAAUGGCAUAAAUUAAAUAUGCCAAUGAGAGAACCUCUCUGACAAGGCUUUCAGAACAAUAAGCAGUAACUUCCUGUUGUUAACUGUGUGGACCUGCUAGAAAGUUGCACACGAAUAAGGACAAGUUAGUCUCAUUUUCUAAAAGCUGCUAAGAGCCAAAUAAUCCAGCUGCCCUAUUAAUAGGAAUAUGUGUCUCCCGAGCAAACCCAAGCUUCCUAUACAAGUCCUGAACAAGGAAAAUACAGAAAUCUAAGUGGUGUUAGCUGAAUCUGACAACUUAGGUAAAGCUGCGUGAAUUCAAAUUCCAGUGUUUCUAUGAUCUAUAAAAAGGGAAGGCAAAUUUUGGAGGGAAUAUAGGAGAAGAAGGAAUUCUAAAUCUGGCUUAAGAUGCCACACAUACUACCGUCCAUGAUCUGGGUCAUCUUUGUAUCCUUUAUUUUGUGGCUCUUUUUUUUCUCCAGAGCCUGAAAGUCCAGGGUAGAGAUGUACUCUACAAACAUACCUUUUCUGGAUUUGCCUUGUUUGAAUAUAGUCUUCAGCGCUCUGGAAUAAGGACCACUGUGUAGGUAUAAACAGUGAAUCUAGUGGUCUCUUGGAUAAUUUGACUUCUUGGGCAGAAUCUGUGACACCUUAAAUCACAGUGAACUCUGGACAUUAGCAAGAGGUGCCAGGGAGACAAUAGUCCAUUUCCUAUCGUAGCUGCCUUGUUCGACACAUAACGUCACAGCAGUCAAGUUAAAUUGUUUGUAGAAAGCCAUGCACAUGGCUAGUCAACUCACGCUCACUCUCUACAAUCCCAUGUGUACCAGGCUUGAAUGCAAAAGCAAUUCUUCUGUCCCAAGGACAACCUAAAACUUAACCAGCCUUUUUUUUCCCCAAAAAACAUCAGUCAGAUGUAAAUGAUGUCAGUUUUGUUGCACGUUGUUUCCAUUUAUUACAGAGGCAAGGACAAAUUCUACUGCUAUUGGAAAUUAGAAGAAUUUCUGACUCUCUUUUUCUCUGUAAACUUUUGCUUCCCAUGAAGUCACUACAGUUGGCAGUAAACUCAGGCAAGGAUGCCUGUGUCCUGACAGAGCCACCUUUCAAUAGCACAGCAAUAACUUGAAAGUAUGCAUCUGUAGUGAAACUUUGCACAAAGUCCCCUGUAUAAAGAAGACGAAAAGUCCACUAUCUGCUUUAGAUAAAGUGGCAUUUAAUAUUUUUCUUUCCAACUGCUAAUAAAAGCAGCAGCCUGGUAUAGGAAACCAUGUGGGUCUUUAGAUGGAGUUGCCAACCUGUCUUUGGAGGGGCAGCUGGGGGCAGGGCAGGGGAGGGCACAGGGCUCAGGACCAGAGGUACGUGUUCAUUUAAAGCAGGAGCUAAAAAGUGAAAAGCCUAAAGAGCCAGGGAGUUGAUGCAAAUGAGGGAAAGCAGCCCAGUGGCCAGCUGGCAAGGAAAUGCCCCAUGGGUAAAGGGACUUCCGAGAGUGAACUAAAGCACAAGUUUUGCUCAAGCUUCUGAAUCUUACAACAUCUCUCUAGUUUAAGUGAUGUCCGUUGAUUCAGAGCUCAGGGCCGACCCAACCAACACGUCUCCGAGCAGAAGAGGGUCUGCAGUUUGCAACCUCUGGUUUCAGGCAGAGUUGAAUGUAGGGGCCCGUUUCCUGGAGCAAGUGUGGCCAGACAGGACUCCGCAUGAGUCAGAGUGGGGCGCGGGUGGGGGCCAAGCUCUUGCCCACUGAUCCUGCAUUUCUUUUCCUUACCUGACCAUCACUGCCAGAGGACAUAGCAAGAGUUGGGUUGAAAAAUAACCAGCAGUCUAAAAAUGCAAGCGAUUCAAUUUAACGAUGGCUUAGAAGAGACGCUUCUAUUUGUCUUGCCCAAAUUCCUAGCCUCAUAGAGCCAGGUGGCUGGCUUUCUGGCCACUUUUUUUUUUCUAAACACCAAACACACAAUUUUUACACUUUUGAGUCCCUGAUGCGUCUCUUUAAAUGUGUGGUGGCUUCGAUAUCUGUGACAAGUUUUGAUUUUCCCUUAGCAGUAUCUGCAGAACCUAUUCCGUAGUCAUGAUCACAUAGUCCUCCACGUUCUCAAGUGCGGGACCUGGGAUUCCUAUGCAGCAGAUGGAGGUUGUGUGUUUGUGCACUUUUUGCCUAAGCUGCUGAAAAUCCUCCGAAGUGAAUUGGCCAUAGUGAUCUUUGCCUCCUGCAUGACUGUAAGCACGACCUCCAGUGGAUCAGAAAAAGCAGCUCAGUGAUUGUUCUCAUGGCCAAAACUAAAGCACAAGGUGACCGGCAUUGAAUAGACCCAGUUGAGGGAGGCGCAGGGUGUCCACCCCCAGCUGGGCGGCACGAUCCUUCUAUUAAAACCAGACUCCUCUGGCGGUGGCUGGAGGGGGGCAUCUCCAUGCCUCCAUCGCGACCACACACAGACACACAUAAGGUAUGUCUGAAAAGCUCCAGAUCGCACAUCCAAGCACAGUACUGUCUGCUUCAUCUAAGGAACACACACACACACACACACACACACACACGAGUGCAAACUACACCCACAGAAAACUGCAUAUGUAUUGUAGAAAUGUAGAGGAAAAAUAAAAAUAUUUUUUCAAAUGUAAUUACUUUUAAUAUAUGCUUGUGGAAGGUCUAAUACAAUGUAUGCUGUCUCUGUAAUUUUUGCUGUAAAUAACUGGAGACAGUGGAUACACUGAUUUUUCUAUGUCUCUGUUUAAGCUUAAGACUUUGUAACAAUUUUUUUAGAGGGGGAAAAACCAACAAAGAGCAAAUAUGUACUUGCUUCCUUUCUGCGUGUUGUGCGUGUUACGUACUUCUCAGAAACUGGUUGUUAACAGUUUAAGCAUCUUGACGGGUCAUUGGUGUUAAGUGUACGCUUCUUUUUGUAAUACAGCUGAGAAAGGGACAGGGCUGUCAAUUAAAUCUGCUCCAAAGAAUUUGUAUGGAAGAUUGGCCUAAGACCUGCAAACGCUAUCUGAACUAGACAAUGUGAGAAAAGAAAGCUUAAAAAAAAAAAAAAAAAAA